AUGUCCGACUUCCACAACCGGAGCCAAACCAGCGCUCGCCGCAGUGACUACGUCUGGCAGUAUGAAUAUUAUGACGACGAGGAGCCCGUGUCUUUUGAGGGACUCAAAGCGCACAGAUACUCCAUUGUCAUCGGCUUCUGGGUUGGACUUGCUGUGUUUGUCAUUUUCAUGUUCUUUGUCCUCACGCUGCUCACAAAGACAGGAGCUCCACAUCAAGAAAACCCAGAUUCGGCUGAAAAGCGCCAUCGGCCAGGCAGCUGUCUCGUAGACAUCGGCACCCCGCAGGACGAAAAUGACAAAGCCUUCUCUCGCCCUUUGCUAACGGAGUCGCGCUCAUAUUUUCACUUCUACAUCAACGAAGAGGAUCAGAGUAACGGGAAGCAAAAACCAGAGCACAAGAGAGUCGGAAAGCCCAGCGGGGCCCGAGCACAGCAGGGGACCAGAGGGAUCAGCUCCUCUGGGAUUGACGAGAUGGAAGACGAUGCUGAGGAGGCCGGGGAACACCAACCUCUCAAAGGACUAAUAGAGGAGAGUAAGACAGACAGAGAAUGUGCCUUCUUUUCCCACUUCAACAUCCCUAACUUUGUGAACUUGGAGCACAGUUCAACACUUGGGGAGGAAGAUCUGCUGUAUGAGCCGUCCGUCAUACUGGAGCGCCAGUCUCGCUCUCAGGACGCUCACUGUGACAGUCGCUAA